UUUUCAGCAGCGUGGACUAAUUACAUUCAUCGUACUGGGAGAGUUAUUUCAACAUUUACAUAUUAUCACUGAGCUAAAAAGUGUUGUCAAACCAUGCUGAUCUUCCAGAGAAUGGUGUUUAUUUUGCUGCUGGCUAGUUUACAGUGGACUAGAUGCAAUGCUGAAAACAGCACGGACUUCCCAAGCACUUUAAGUAACUCAGCCAAAACAUCUACAUAUACAAGUGAACCAUCUACAACUAUAGGUACCAGCAUGAUGUCUUUUGUCACAUCACCAACAGUUACUCAUCACAAUGAAACAAGUACUGUAACAGAAUAUGACACUCAAAGUAAUGGCAUCAGUCUUCGUGAGACAGGGUUAAGUCAAACUACACAGCAGCUGGAUAAUUCAACAGAAGAUACCACUCAGACUUUUACAAGUGAAAACAGAAUGUCAUCUUCCUCAGAAACAUCAUCUCCCUCAGAAAUUACUACGACCUCAAGCAGCCUGUUGACAGUCUCUGAAAGCUAUGCCAAUACAACGCACACCAAUUCAUCAGAAGCAGCAUCAAACAGCUUCACCACAACUACCCAUCAUGUCAGUUUUACUACAGUGGUAUCCACUAGUGAUGCUCAAACAGCUCCUCCCAAUAAUACUACAUCAGCUAUGUCACUGACUACUAGCAAUAAUGCCAAAACAGUCUUAAGGACAAGUGUGCAAACCACAAGACUGCACCCGAGUUUUACUAAAAGCUCAGCAGAAACUCAACAUGAACCCAGAAAAGAUAAUCACAGCAAUGGAGGAGUAAUAUUUGGUGCCAUUGUAGGAGCUGUGCUUGGAUCUGCAUUAAUUGGCUUGGUUGGUUACUUCGUGUGCAGGAAGAGAAAAUCUGACGGAUUUGUACAUCAAAGACUUUAUGAUGACACAAGGAAUGAUCCAGUUCUGCGACUGGACAAUGCACCUGACUCUCAUGGUGAGAGCUUUGCUGAUCCGUCAUACUACAAUCCCACAACAGCCAAUGAGACGACAGGCCAAAACAGGAACACACCACCAUAUGAUGCUAUUCCAAUGGAUGACAUGACUUUAUCACCACAUUUACCAUAAAAUUAUAGAAACUGAUGUCAGUUUUUAAACCUCAACUCCAUGUGUUCUUUUCUCAAAAAGACUGUUUGAUAAUGGUUUGAUUUUUUCCCCCAGUGGUGCAAAUUCUGGGUUUACUAAUAUGCCAAGAUUUGGAUAGUGCGCGAGAAACAUGGUUUACAAAUUCAUAUAUCUAGUAUCACAGUUUUGGUUAAACUAUGCUAUGGUUUGGACUAUAUAUCCAUGGACGUCACUGGAUUACUCAGCAUUUUUCAGCUCAUGGAUGAACAUAUGAAUUCAUUACUUGAAAAAACACUGAUUUGUAUUCUACCAUGAGUGAUUUCACCUAUUUUCCCUCCUCUUUGCAGUCACCCCCAAUCCAUGUGACCCUCAACACUAGUUAUUGGAAUCCUCCUCCUCCUCCUUUUUUUGGCAAUCACAAGAGGUUGUUGGCAAGAUGUAGAAUUAUAUCUGAGUUGAUGUGAAGUGAUAUGGAAUAUCUAUCAGUUUUGUUCUGUAUUUGCUCAUCUAUAUGCACUAAGUACACUGUGAUGCUGUGUACUCUUCAAGUUGUGAAUAUACAUAUAUGAACCAGCCCUUUAAGUCAAAGCCUUUCUUCAUUUGUAUCACAGAUUUACCCAAAACAUUAUUUAUGGAGUUCACUGUCAUGAGAUGGAUGGCCAUUAAAUCAGCUGGUUUUAUAAAUGCUCAGUUGACUUUAAAAUCACAGAAAAUAAGAUCAUUUGGUGGCUAUUAGCCAUGAAGGCUUCAUGUAUCUUCUCAAUAUCAGAUGAUGCAUAAAGAAGAGAGAAUGUUCA